GUUGAGAUGAACGAUGAAGGGGACCUUCCACAGGAGGACACAACCAAAGACGAAGGUAAUGAGACUGGAGGCAACAAGAGGAACAAGCUGAAAAGGACAAGAAAAAAAGUCAACAAACCACAUCUUUGCUCAAUGGAUGGGGAAAAAAGCACCAUGGCCAACUCCAGCGAGAGGUCCAGAAACCAACCAGCAGAUCUGAGUAAACCUGGCUCUGCUGAGUCUUGUCCCUCCCACAAUGACAAAGAUGCCCAGGACCAGAUGUCAGUGAGAAAAUCCUCACUUCCCAGUGCCUCAGCCAGUGUUCCUGAUGCCGAAUUCAACCCGAAUGCUGAUCACACCAGGGACAAUGCUCAGAUUUUGACCCCGCCUCAACUUUCUUCUAGAAUGAAACACAUUAAACAAGAAAUGGCCAAAAAUCACCUCCAGUUUGUACGAUUUGAAGCAACAGACUUGCAUGGUGUCUCCAGAUCUAAGAGCAUCCCUGCACAGUUUUUUCAAGAAAAAGUGGUCCACGGUGUUUUCAUGCCCCGUGGUUAUCUGGAAUUGAUGCCGAACCCUAAGGACAAUGAGCUGAAUCACAUAAGAGCCACAUGCUUCAAUAGUGACAUAGUCCUCAUGCCAGAGCUGGCGACCUUCAGAGUCUUGCCAUGGGCUGAGAGGACCGCGCGUGUGAUAUGUGACACCUUCACGGUGACCGGUGAGCCUCUGCUGACGUCUCCCAGGUACAUCGCCAAGAAGCAGCUGCGCCAGUUGCAGGACGCUGGCUACUCCCUGCUGUCCGCCUUCAUCUAUGACUUCUGCAUUUUUGCUGUGCCCGAAGUGAUCAACUCAAAGACCAUAUCUUUUCCUGCCUCGACAUUGCUGAAUAACCAUGACCAGCCCUUCAUGCAGGAGCUGGUUGACGGCCUGUAUCACACUGGGGCCAAUGUGGAGAGCUUCUCCUCUUCUACCAGGCCUGGGCAGAUGGAGAUCAGCUUCCUCUCUGAGUUUGGCAUUAGCUCAGCUGAUAACGCGUUCACGCUCAGAGCAGGUGUCAAAGAAGUGGCCAGGAAAUACAAUUACAUAGCCAGCCUAGUAAUUGAGACCGGCUUCUGCAAUUCAGGAAUUUUGUCCCACAGUGUCUGGGAUGUGGGCGGGAAGACAAACAUAUUCUGCAGUGGUUCUGGGGUGGAGCGGCUCACGCUCACGGGGAAGAAGUGGUUAGCAGGCCUCCUGAAGCACGCUGCUGCUCUCAGCUGCCUCAUGGCCCCUGCUGUCAGCUGCCGAAAGCGUUACUGCAAGGACAGCAGAGACCUGAAGGACAGCGUGCCCACCACGUGGGGAUACAACGACAACAGCUGUGCCUUGAAUAUCAAGUGUCACGGUGAAAAAGGCACCCAGAUAGAAAAUAAACUAGGUUCAGCGACCGCGAACCCUUACCUGGUGCUGGCCGCCACUGUGGCUGCAGGCUUGGAUGGACUUCAGAGCAGUGAUGGUGUUGCGGCUGGUUCAGACGAGAGCGAGGAUCUUUAUCUGCCAGAACCUUCCGAGAUCCCUUUGAAGAUGGAAGAUGCCCUGGCGGCCUUGGAGCAAGAUCAGUGUCUGAAGCAGGCUCUGGGAGAGACUUUCAUACGCUAUUUUGUUGCCAUGAAGAAGUACGAAUUGGAAAAUGAAGAAACAGAUGCAGAAGGAAAUAAAUUCCUGGAGUAUUUUAUAUAAGAUGGAAUUCUCCACUUUAGAGAUGUUAUUAGGACCAGAGGCUACUAUGUCAGGAAGAAAAGACUGAGCCUUUGUAAUUAACAACACUGGACAUCUUCUGCCUCCCCCCUCCCCCCACGAUGGAUUACUGGGCAGA